ACAACCCAAAAGCAGAGAAUAACACUCAUCACACGAUGCUAUACUCCAUGACAGCUUCAUCAUAGCUGCCCACCAAGUAUUUGAUGCAUUGCCCAACUGAUAUCCUCCCCCACAUCCAGACUUCUACCCAAUUCCAAUACCAUAUUAGAAAGAGAACAUCAACUAUCAAAUCUUAACAAAGUAUUCACGAGUUAUCACCCACCCCUUUUCCUCUUUGUCUCUGCAUCGCCUCAAGAUGACCUCAUCCGAGACCCUUGCAUUCAUGGAGCUCGCCAUACAACAGGCAAAGUUAGCUUUGGAUGUUCUUGAAGUGCCCGUUGGAUGUGUAAUUGUUGAGGAUGGCAAGGUUAUAGCCUCAGGCAGGAAUCGAACUACCGAGACACGAAAUGCUACAAGGCAUGCAGAAAUGGAAGCUAUAGAUGUGCUUCUCGGGCAGUGGCAGAAACAUGGACUUUCAAUGUCCGAAGUUGCUGAAAAAUUCUCAAACUGCAGCCUUUAUGUUACCUGUGAACCAUGCAUAAUGUGUGCAUCUGCUUUAUCAAUUUUAGGUAUAAAGGAAGUAUUUUAUGGCUGUUCAAAUGAUAAAUUCGGAGGCUGUGGAUCGAUACUGUCAUUGCAUUUAAGUAACACUGCACCGCUCAAUAAUGAAGUUCCAUCCGGAAAGUGUUUCAAAUGUACUGGACGUAUAAUGGCAUCAGAAGCUGUCCUUCUCUUUCGAACAUUCUAUGAGCAAGGAAAUCCCAACGCUCCAAAGCCACACAGGCCUCUAGCACGUCAGGAAUGAAGUUUAAUUUGUAUAUCACUAGUUGCUGAUGUGGUUAUCCGUCAUGACCUGAGGAUCUGUGCUACCAUAGCAUUGUGGGCGGGUUGAUGCUGUUAUUAAAUGUCAUACCGGGCUUUUUAAUUCGAAAAAUCAACUUCAUGUAUUGAUUAUUCAUGUAUGAUUUGAAAGAUGAAUCAAAGGUUGCCGUUUGAAAUGAAUCUUACUGGAUUAAGUUCAUGCUAAUUGCCAAACGGAAUUUAAGCCUCUUAAUUUUGUUAAAUAUUUGUUUUUUGAAGGUGAGUAA